UAUAAAAUUGUAAACGUCACUACGUAUGGCAGUUUUGAGUGGAUGAUUCUCCGAGUGAAUUUCAAGUUUUUACACGAAACGGACUGAAAAUGUCUAAAUCAAAAGGAAUAAUGUUAAGAGUACAGUCUGCUGAUGGCACAAAACGUAUCGAAGUCAGUUCCUCGUCGUUAACAUGCCAACUUUAUGAACAAGUUUAUCAAUCGUUCGGAUUAAACUCGUACGAUUUUGCUUUAUACAAAGAACGUAAUCGGAAGGAUGAAAUAAUUAGUUCCAAAUCAAAAACCGUGCGGAGUCUGGGCGUAAAACACGGCGAUAUGAUUUAUUUAACUCCGGUAAAUGGAACUGUUUUAAUCGCUGAUGCAAAGAAUAUACCCGCUGGAGAACCAGAUGCUUACGAUCGAGCUCCUUCAUCGAGCGGAUUUAGCGUUGUUUCAAGGCCCAGCAGCGGAAAUCUUACCCAAAAUCGAUCAAAUUCGAAUAUUCAAGAAGACGACGUUGACGUUCAAUUAAGUAAAUUGGAUGGAAAAAUCGAGAGGAAGCGAGAUCCUAAAUAUUGCCGUCAUAAUAAUAAUUCGAGAUGUUUCCAUUGUUCCGCUUUGGAACCUUACGAUGAAGAAUAUUUAAGAGACCAAAAGAUUAAACACCUUUCGUUUCACGCUUAUUUACGUAAAAUGACUUCGGGAGUUGAUCGAGGAAAAUUUCUUGCUUUAGAAGACAUUUCUUGUCGUAUUAAAAAUGGUUGUAAAGAUCAUCCACCGUGGCCAAAAGGAAUCUGUUCGAAAUGUCAACCAAAUGCUAUUACUUUAAAUAGGCAGGUUUAUAGACACGUAGAUAACGUAACAUUUGAAAAUACAAAAUUGGUGGAAAACUUUUUAAAUUAUUGGCGAAUUACGGGCAACCAAAGAAUUGGUUUUCUUUAUGGAACGUACGAGAUUCAUUCGGACGUUCCGUUGGGUAUUAAAGCGAACGUUGUGGCGAUUUACGAGCCGCCCCAAGACAGUACGCGAGAUUCCGUCCGUUUGUUGCCGGACACCCGCGAAGAAAUCGUGGAUCAAUUAGCCACAGCGCUCGGAUUACGACGAGUUGGAUGGAUUUUUACUGAUCUCGUCGCCGAAGAUGUUAAAAAAGGCACCGUUAAACACCUCAGGAACGCUACAUCUCACUUUUUAUCCGCCCAGGAGUGUAUCAUGGCAGGAAAUUUUCAAAAUGAACAUGCGAAUGCUUCGAAAUAUUCAUCUAAUGGAUAUUUUGGAUCUAAAUUUGUUACUGUUUGUGUAACAGGUGAUGAGAGUAAUCAAGUUCACAUGGAAGGGUAUCAAGUGAGUAAUCAAUGUAUGGCUUUGGUGAGGGAUAAUUGCCUCGUUCCUACGAAAGAUGCACCAGAAUUGGGUUAUGUCAGGGAGUCAACUGAUAAACAGUAUGUUCCAGAUGUCUAUUAUAAGGAGAAAGAUAACUAUGGUAAUGAAGUAUCAAGACUUGCAAGACCUUUGCCGGUGGAAUAUCUUUUAUUGGACGUUCCCGCUUCAACUCCUUUAACCCCAACGUACACGUUCAAUACAAACCCGGCGAAACAACCGUUUCCUAUUGAGAACCGUUUGGUGGAUGGUCACAUCCAAGAUUUUAACGCAUUAUCUACGUAUUUAUCUCAAUUUGGUCCGGAGGAGUUUGUUGUGGCAAUUACGGAUUUCCAUUUACUCUUAUACAUAGCAACAAUGGAUAUGCUUCCGAUGCGAGAAUAUAUGGGUCCUCUCCUUGAAGCGAUACGAACGAAAAACAAUGAGGGUGCUUCUGAAUGGUCGCGAUCUGAACAUUGGGCUACCGUUGAGCAGUUGAUUGUUGCAAGUUCACCGCCACCAUCAAGACCUGGAAGUGUCAAUGCUGGUAGCGUAACGGCUGGCACUGGAUUUUCGGUUGAAAAUCAAUGGACGUGUUCAUUCUGCACAUAUUUAAACCCAGGGUCGGUUCAAUCAUGUGAAAUUUGUAACCUUCCGAGAUCAGGGCAACAUUAAGGUUAUGUUUGUCAAAAAAAAAAAAUAAUAAAAUAAAAUGAAACGGAUGUUUUUUACUCAUCGUCAACAAAAAAAUUAAAUGAAUAAGAUAAUUAUGCUAUUAUGAAGUUAGAUGAUUAAUGUAGAACCUUUAGCUUUGAUUUGAGAAUGUUGAAUUGAUUUUUUUUGUAUAUAUUGUGUGAUUUUCGUUCAAACGCACUGUUUAAAAAAAAAACAAAAAUUUAUUUCGUUUUUUUAAAAUGUUCUUUUGCUGUGGUGGAUUUAAUAGGAAUUACCUUAAUAAAUAUUUCAAAAAAGA